AUGGAACAAGUCUGGUUCUUCACUGUGGACGAGGUCGACAAACCCCGGGGCGGCAAGAACAAUGAUGGCUACGACGACGAUAACAACAACUACAUCCCUGUCCGCAAGGAGCAGCUCCACUACCGCUACGAGGUGCAGAAGCUGAUCGGCGAGGGAGGCCAGGGCCUGGUGCUGCAGUGCCUCGACCACAAAACCAAAACGCUCGUGGCCGUCAAGAUGCUGUCGCUGCCCUUGUGCACCUCGACAGCGUCCCGCCAGAGGACGGAGCUGGAGGUGACCAAGGAGCUGCAGGGCAAGGCCAGCGAUGAGCGCUACGGAGUCAUCCGGCUCCUGGACACGUUCCAAUUCCGCGGACACAAUUGCCUCGUCGUCGAGCUCUUGAAGAAGAGCCUCUACGACGUGAUGAGCAAAGGGAGCAUCAAGCGAAUCUGCGUGAGGCGCUUGAGGGAGUACACCAGGACCAUCCUCGACUUCCUGCUGUACGCCAAGCGACGGGGCAUCGUCCACGGGGACAUCAAGCCGGACAACAUUCUACUCACGGCGGCCGGCAAAGUGAGGGUCACCGACUUCGGGUGCAGCUGCUACCUGAAGUCUCACUCCACUCAGUGA